AUGUCAGGUUUCCAGCGCUCCGUCGCCGGCCACGCCGGCUCCUCCGCCACACAGACGCAGACCCAGACCCAGCCCAGACCCAAGGUCGCCCGCGACGCCCACGGCAACGUCUUCAAAGUGCCCGACUACUCCAUAAAAGACAUCCUCUCCGCGAUCCCUCCCGAGUGCUACCAGCGUAGCCUGGCCAAAUCGCUUGCCUUCGUCGCUCGCGACAUCGCCGCCAUCGUCGGGCUCGGGCUCCUGGCCCACCUGUACGUGGCUCCGCAGCUAGCCGAGUCUGCCUGGUUCGUGCGCUUCCUGUUCUGGAACGUGUACGCCGCCGCCGUUGGUCUUUUUUCCACAGGUCUUUGGAUUCUCGCCCACGAGUGCGGCCACCAGGCCUUUUCGGAUUACGGCGCCGUCAACGAUUUCGUCGGCUGGGUCCUCCACUCCUACCUGCUCGUGCCCUAUUUCUCCUGGAAAUACUCCCACUCCAAGCACCACAAGGCCACCGGCCAUUUGCACAGAGACAUGGUCUUUCUGCCCCCCACCAAACAAGAGUUCUGGUCCUACCGUGGCUGGGCUGCCAAUGUCGCCGAGUACACCGAAGAUUCGCCACUUCGCACUUUGGGUGAGCUGGUCUUGCAACAACUCGGCGGUUGGAUUGGUCAUUUGUUCACCAAUGUUACCGGCCAAAAGUACCCAGACGCUCCCGCUUGGAAACGUAACCAUUUCUGGCCCACUUCCCCACUUUUCGAUGCCAAAGAUACCUUGUAUAUCGCUUUGAGCGAUCUCGGGGUCUUGGCCCAAUGUGUCGUGCUCAGAAUGUGGUAUCUCAAGUUUGGAGGUUGGUCUUUGUUCAUCAACUGGUUCGUGCCUUAUCUAUGGGUCAAUCAUUGGUUGGUAUUCAUCACUUUUUUGCAACACACCGAUCAAACUUUACCUCACUACGAUAAUUCCGAAUGGAGUUUCGCAAAAGGUGCCGCCGCCACCAUUGAUAGACAAUUGGCGUUUGUGGGACCUCACAUUUUCCACGACAUCAUCGAAACUCACGUUCUACACCAUUUCGUUAGUCGUAUUCCAUUUUACAAUGCUCGCCCGGCUUCUGAAGCUAUUAAGAAAGUGAUGGGUGAGCAUUACCGUUCUUGCGACGAAAACAUGUUCAAGUCUUUCUGGAAAGUGGCUCGUUCGUGCCAAUACGUUGAUGGUAAAGACGGUUUAUUUAUGUUCAGAAAUGUCAACAACGUUGGCAUUGGUACAGGUGCUGCUGAAGAAUCAAGCUAA